UGUCAGGAAGUCCACCAAAAUACAAGUAUGCAAUAGAAGGAUCUUGUUUUCACAACGGUCGCCAUGGUAACCGGUCAACAAAAAGACCACCAACCAAUGAGGGGGAGCAACACUUUCACAUGAAAAGUCCAACCGGAGAAACAAUUAAAAUCAAAACCCCAGAAAAAAUUAAGAUUAAGAAGGCUUCAGUGGUUUUAGAGAAACUAGACGAGGGCGAAAUACUCGGAAUUAAUACCAGGAGAAAUAAAGCUGCCAAGGAAAAGAAAAGCCCUGUCUUCCAUACACAAACUGACAAAUCGUUUCCUUACACCGUAGAAUACAGAAUAGAAGAUUGUUUUGGAAGAUCACAACACAGCAAGCAAGAAACAAUUAGUUCCACAACGAAAUCCAAAACUAAACUGAAUGAGAUCAAAACGUGCAGUUCUCAGGACAAAAGUCCAACUUCCGGUUACAUGUAUAAGCCCAAGUUUCGCCAAUCACGAUCAGAGAAGUUUGUCAGUCCGACUCUUUCUGAAACCUUUAAAUCCACCCCAAGCAUAAAUACAUCUCAAAUGACAAUUAAACACGGUGAUAAUGUUCGCAUCAGAAGUUAUGUCUCUAGAAGAAAGCUGAAAGGCAGUGUUACUGAACAUUCACAAUCUUCAAUGAAGAAAUCACAAGAAACGGACAGAACGGAUAUUGUAACGCCUCCACGACUGUCCUCCUUCGUUAAAACAGAAAGCUUGGUAUUGCCGAAUCCCUCGAAUAUCAGCCCCCAAAAAGAAAAACUAACGUUUUUACCAGCUAAUCUGUCUUUGAUAAAAUUUUCUUCCGACGUGAAAGAUUUAACUGAAGAAGACGGUAAACGAGCCCUUCAGAGGUUAGCUGUGGUGGGAAGCACUACGAAAUCAGCAGAGGAAAAUAAAUUCUCUCCAUUGAAAGAAGCUAGAGCUCAAUUUACCGCAAAACUAAAUAGUAUGAAAAGUCAAGCCGUCGAAAUGCCCCCGCUUAACAAUGACGUCAUGCAGGUAAAACAGUACAUGGUUACUCCUUUUUGUGCUUCUCAUAUUAAGUCAGACGAUAGCCCAUCAAACGACAAUCACCAGUCAGGAACAAACAAAGUCAUAGAAGAAAAGUCCGACAAAGUGCUAUCGCAAUUUCCAUUUGAAGACGGUAUUGAGGAAGGAAAACGUACUCGAACAAUUGUACCCCAAAGGAGUAUACCAGGAAAGAGAACUUCAAUCUUGUUAAAGGUGGACGGAAGGAAAAACGAUGGGGAUGAACACAUGCUUGACCCAAAAGACGCAAAAUCACCAGCAAAGUCAUGCGAAAAAACCUUGACAAGGCGAUACAAGAACACUCGCUACACAAUUCCUUUUCGCAGUCCGUCAAUCGUCGUACCAAAAAAUUAUGAUGCAUUUGCAAACACUCCAAAGUCACAAUUUGAAGCCAAAGGACCCGUGACGAGAAUGCCGGAGUUGUCUGAUGGCACCGUUGACUUGAUGAGGAAGAGAUACAAGAGAACGGGAAGGAUCACGACGGUGCCGAUUUUACCGAAAACCACAGAGUCCCUGGUACAGGUCUCUCCAGGUAUCCACACAAUGAAGGACACGAAAGACCUCCUGAACGUCACAAGUAUCCACGCUGUAGAACAGCCCGUGUGUGAAACGUUCGAAACUCCUCGGGUUUCUUCCAGACAUUUGUCUCCAGGCAGAGUUUUGGCCACCAGCCCAACUAAACUUCCGGGUAGCAAUGACGGUAUGGCAACAUCAGUGGAAGCCAGAUCGUCAUUUUAUUCUGCUUAUUCGUCGAAGAGAUAUUGUGAACUUGUGACAGAAAACGAUCAAUUGAAUAACAUGUUGAGUUUUUCAGAUUACACAUCCUUGAUUAAUUAUCAACAAUCUCCUCUCAAAAAUGUUCAUCAAAAGUACUCAAAGAACAAGACUGACGCUAGUAGACUUCCACGGUCUCAUCGCGAUACUGUUCUUUGUGUGACACAGGAAUCUAUGCCCAAUAACAAUGCACAUGACGGCGUAGAUGUUAGCAUGCCGUCUGUCUGUCCCGUACCAAGUACAUCUUCGUACACUCAAAGCCACACUCUACCUGAAAGGGACUGCAGCGGAUGCUUUUAUUGUGAAUUUGAAGAGAUGAUGAAGAAGAUUGACAGCGAUGGUGAACACAUCGAAGAAAUAACACAAAUAUAUGAAUCGGAUCAUGCUUACACCAGGACGGAUUCUAGCACGGUGGUAAUCAGUUAUACAAAUACCAUCACACAAGAAACCACACCCUCAGAGGCCACAGAGGUCUCGGAUGAAACACCUGAUACAUCACAACAGAAAAUAGAGGGUCAAAUGCCUGUUUAUGCCUUUCAACUCGGCGAUAAUAUCAUCCUUAUGCCCUGUGCAAAUCCCAACCCUCAAAUUCCCACCAAGAGCGAACCAAAGUUACCGACGAAAGAAAAGACCAAGGAUGUUGGAAAUCAACAAGUACAGGGAAGGAUAGAUAAGAAAAAGCAUCACAGGAAAACCAGGACACCAAAGAGAAACAACUUUAGAAACGUCUGUAGAGAUCAGCUCAGGUUUACGAGAUCUCUUCGAUUACUUCCAUUAAAAAAGAAAACAAAGAAUUCAGCUACCAAUCCUGUUGCUGAUGUUUUGCGCGAACUAGGCAAAGGAAGACACAUGAAAUCCAAGGUUUAUGUGCCAGUGCUACAGAUAGAACGAGACUUUGAUGAUGUAUUCACCCACAUAUCUGCUGUUGCUAGUACAACGGUUAUGGAUGGUUCAGAUGCUGUGUUAAAGCGCUGGAACGACUUUGAAGAUUAUCCUGUACGGUUUUCGACCGAUACAAUAUCGGGAGCCAUCACGGAAAUGGAGGUUGACGCCCUUCCUCAAGGGUUAUAUAAGUUCAUGAAGACAGGACACGAUUCUAUGCGUGACAGUGCUUGCAAAUCGAUGGCUAUUCUAUCUUCCGUGCCUCCAAACGUUUCUACUAUCAUGGGUGAUUCCAUCUUUUUGGCUGUUGGGCCUACCAGCAACAAUAGCAAAUCAAAUACUGAGCAACCGGCAACUAUUCAAAAGCAUAAAAAUAUGUCUUAUCUACUGAAGUCUAUAGAAAAUCUGAUAGGGAAGUCGGGGAUUGAGUCGGUGGUCAGUGACCAGACCUACAGACCCAAGUGCCACUCUCCAAGCUGGUACCAGACACCUAGAUUUGACGCGUUUACACGUUUGUAUCACCGCCAUAGAAAGGUAUCCACGACUGCAGAUAAACUGACUGAAAGCUUAUUCACGCGUUUGUGAAGGAGAAAUAUAGAGACAGUAAAUAUAGAUAUGAAGUACUUUUUUUAUUAAAUAAGAAGUGAUUUGAAAAAGGUCGACACUUUGUGUUGUAAGCUAAAUUAUUGAUAUCAUUUACCUGUACACGUAAUUCAUUCGGUCACAACAUACUACAUGUAGUACAUUGUACAUAUCUUCUCUGGUGUCUGUUUAAUAUCUAUAUGGAUUAUUUUUAUGAUCUGAUAAAAAAAAGACCAACAAUAAAAUAAAAACAAAUUAGAGACCUGAGUUAGCAAACAGAUACUUCCAUAUUAUUUGAAUUUAAUU